GCCAGAACCAGCGGGCGGGCAGGCAGACGGGCUUUUGCUCAGAGGCCCCAGCGCUCAGCACGCUGGCUAUCCACAGACGGAAUGGCCCUGCAAGUGGAGCUGAUACCCACCGGGGAGAUCAUCCGUGUGGUUCAUCCCCACAGGCCCUGCAAGCUCGCCCUGGGCAGUGACGGGGUGCGGGUGACCAUGGAGAGUGCACUGACCGCCCGUGACCGGGUCGGGGUACAGGAUUUCGUGCUGCUGGAGAACUUCACCAGCGAGGCAGCCUUCAUCGAGAACCUGCGGCGACGCUUCCGGGAGAACCUCAUCUACACCUACAUUGGCCCUGUGCUGGUCUCUGUCAACCCCUACCGGGACCUGCAGAUCUACAGCCGGCAGCACAUGGAGCGUUACCGGGGCGUCAGCUUCUAUGAGGUGCCACCCCACCUGUUCGCGGUGGCUGACACUGCGUACCGGGCACUGCGCACGGAGCGCCGGGACCAGGCAGUGAUGAUCUCUGGGGAAAGCGGGGCAGGCAAGACAGAGGCCACCAAGCGGCUGCUGCAGUUCUAUGCUGAGACCUGCCCAGCCCCCGAGCGGGGCGGUGCCGUGCGUGACCGGCUGCUGCAGAGCAACCCCGUGCUGGAGGCCUUCGGAAAUGCCAAGACCCUCCGGAAUGAUAACUCCAGCAGGUUCGGGAAGUACAUGGAUGUGCAGUUUGACUUCAAGGGCGCCCCUGUGGGUGGCCACAUCCUCAGUUACCUCCUGGAGAAGUCCCGGGUGGUGCACCAGAAUCACGGGGAGAGGAACUUCCACAUCUUCUACCAGCUGCUGGAGGGGGGCGAGGAGGAGACACUGCGCAGGCUGGGCCUGGAACGGAACCCCCAGAGCUACCUGUACCUGGUGAAGGGCCAGUGUGCCAAAGUCUCCUCCAUCAACGACAAGAAUGAUUGGAAGGUUGUCAGGAAGGCUCUGACGGUCAUCGACUUCACCGAGGAUGAGGUGGAGGACCUGCUGAGCAUCGUGGCCAGUGUCCUGCAUCUGGGCAACAUCCACUUUGCUGCCGAUGAGGAGAGCAACGCCCAGGUCACCACCGAGAACCAGCUCAAGUAUCUGACCCGGCUCCUUGGUGUGGAAGGCUCAACGUUGCGGGAAGCCCUGACACACAGGAAGAUCAUCGCCAAGGGCGAAGAGCUCCUGAGCCCGCUAAACCUAGAACAGGCUGCGUACGCGCGAGACGCCCUCGCCAAGGCCGUGUACAGUCGCACCUUUACCUGGCUGGUCGCGAAGAUCAACAGGUCGCUGGCCUCCAAGGAUGCUGAGAGCCCCAGCUGGCGGAGCACCACAGUCCUCGGGCUCCUGGACAUUUAUGGCUUCGAAGUGUUUCAGAACAACAGCUUUGAGCAGUUCUGCAUCAAUUACUGCAAUGAGAAACUGCAGCAGCUCUUCAUUGAGCUCACCCUCAAGUCGGAACAGGAGGAGUAUGAGGCAGAGGGCAUCGCGUGGGAGCCUGUCCAGUAUUUCAACAACAAGAUCAUCUGUGACCUGGUGGAGGAGAAGUUCAAGGGCAUCAUCUCCAUUUUGGAUGAGGAGUGUCUGCGCCCCGGGGAGGCCACGGACCUGACCUUCCUGGAGAAGCUGGAGGACACCGUCAAGCACCAUCCACACUUCCUGACGUGAGUGGGCUUGUGGGGCUCUCCUGGGGCAGAGCCUGUGGAAGCCUGCAAUCCCCCCUAAUCAUUGAACACCAGUCACAAGGGGAUGACCAGAGGAGGCACUAAGUGAAGGACAGGCACACAGAGCCGCGGCUCCUAGUGCGUCCACAGAGUCACAGGCGAGGAGCACAGCUUCCUCCUUGUCCUUUUGAGAAUGAAACUUCCAAAGAUUUUCCUAGCUUCCUUAUUUGGAAAUUCCUUUAUAUUUAAGGAAUCCCCUAAAGCGGGGUGAGGGGAGAAAAGAAACAAGCCUCUCUGUUCCAGCUCUGCCCUGUGUAUUUUGAGUACAUCACCUCCUCUAAUCUGAAGUAACCCCUAGAGGAGGUUUUACUGAGGUUCAAAGAGGUGAAGCCAUUUGCCCGAGGUUAUCUCACAUCUAGUUAAGUCCAGAGCUGGGACUCAGGCCCAGGGCUGCAGAUUAGUUCCCCGACUAGGGAUCAAACCUGGGCCCUGGCAGUGAAAGUGCCAAGUCCUAACCACUGGACCGCCAGGGAAUUCCUGAGCAAGUUUUGCUUAAGAGAAUAUUAAAAACCUUUCUCUGGGGUGAGCGAGCAAGGGAACCUGUUGUUUGUUCUCGCUCCCCCCACCUGCUGUAGCAGGGGCCCCAAUAAAGCCUUGCCUGAAAAAAAAGAAAAAAAACUUUUUUUGGCUGUAAAAAUAAUGUCCCUCAUCAGAGAAAAGUUGGAACGUGUGCAAAAGCCACUUGUAAUCCUGUCACUUAGAGGUCACCACUGUUAAUAAUUGGAAACAUUUUCUUCCUGCCUUUUUCUAUACAUUUUUUUUUUUCGUAGUUGAGAACUUAUUGUGUGUAAGGUUCAGGAUGAUGUUAUAUCCUGAGUAUCUUCCUGUAUCAUCAAACAGAAAAAUUUCCUCAAAACAAUUCCUCCAGCGGCUCUAAAGCAGAUACUCUACUGCUCUCACCCAGCCUCUAGGGGCCCCGUCCAGCCUCCAGGUUUCUGCUGGGAAAAGAGGGCUGCCACGAAUAUCUAUCUCUGUGCCUUAAAUCUCUGCCUGGUCUCUCUGGUUAGUUGCUUGGAAUUGUUCUUAAAAGUAGAAAACGAGGGCUUCUCUGGUGGCGCAGUGGUUGAGAGUCUGCCUGCCGAUGCAGGGGACACGGGUUCGUGCCCCGGUCCGGGAAGAUCCCACAUGCCGCGGAGCGGCUAGGCCCGUGAGCCAUGGCCGCUGAGCCUGCACGUCCGGAGCCUGUGCUCCGCAACGGGAGAGGCCACGACAGUGAGAGGCCCGCGUACCCCAAAAAAAAAAAAAAAAAGUAGAAAACGGGCUAA